AUGGGAGAGAUGUGGAGAGUUCCUGAUGUUCCACUCAAGGAUAAAUAUCAGUUUACAUACUUCUCACAUAAGGUAAACAGCUUGGAUACUGCACCUAGGCAGAUGUUGGCAUCAGAUUCUCGUUUACGUCCUGAUAGAUAUGCACUUGAGAAGGGAGAACUAUCAAAAAUCAGCAAGGAGAAAAACAGCCUAGAGGUGAGACAGAGAAAGGAAAGGAAAAGUAGAGAAGCCAACGGCGACACAUUUACUCCAAAAUGGUUCGACUUGACUAAUGAAGUAGUAACUACACCAUAUGGCGAAACACCAAUUUACAAAUACAAUUAUAAGUAUAAUGAACACAGAGCAAAAGUGAAUAGCUUAAUCGAGGUUGUGCAACCGAUUGAGUUCAACCCUUGGCAAUAUGGACAAGAAAAGAUGGCUUAA